GGCUCGGUCAAGUGCCCCUCACACUCACACAUUGUUCCAUGUCCAGCUGUGCCUUGUUCUUCUGUGGGCUGAGAUGACGACAGAAACGAGUGAGGGGGUGGAGGGAGAGAGAGAGAGGGAGAGAGAGAGAAGCUGAUUCAGAUUCAGAGCAGUAUGUUCAUUCUGUUGUAACAUCUCACUGUGAAACCAAUGUAUGCUGCCUGAGGUAAAAUGAUUUCACUUUUUUAUGUUUGUUUAACCUGUCUUUAACUCCCUCCUUUGGAUUUCUCUGUUGUAAUUUCUUCUUGCUUGUUCUGCGCUCGACCUCUUUCUGUUGUUGUCUGCUGUGGAAUGUGUUACUUGACAGGAGUCAGGAGUGAGGGGCCUGAUAAUGUAGGGCAUUUUUUAAAUUCAACAACAAAAAAAACAUUCUGGGGUCCAAAGGACAGCUGUUAAGACAAAGACAAGUGUUUACGUUUUGGGGGUUAAAUUGCAGGAGAUGUUUGAGCUGUCUGCUUCGGGGUAUUUACACACUGAGCAUUGUUAGCAAAAAAAAGAGGUUGAGUUCAGGGUCAGCCUCCAGCACUUUGCCUCUCUGUGCACCUACUACUUGGUGAAAUGGUGUUGUGUCCUGUUAACAGAGCCUGAACAGAAAACCCAUAUCCCAAGAUGCAGUGGUGCAGGUGGGCAGGCGGUUGGAGAACACACCUACCGAGACAGUCUGCAGGACCCGAGAUCGAGGACUCCUUCGACUUUCUUUUUAAAAUCAUCCUGGUCGGAGACUCGGAUGUGGGGAAGACCUGCGUGGUCCAGAGGUUCAAGUCUGGCAUUUUCAUUGAGAAGCAGCAAAACACCAUCGGUGUAGACUUUACUGUUCGUACCCUGGACAUCGACGGCAAGAAGGUGAAGAUGCAGGUGUGGGACACGGCAGGACAGGAGCGCUUCCGCACCAUAACUCAGAGCUACUACCGCAGCGCCCACGGAGCCAUGGUGGCCUAUGACAUCACACGCCGCACCACGUUUGAAUCUGUUUCCCACUGGAUCAGGGAGGUGGAGCAGUUUGGAGCUGCCAGCGUGGUAUUGAUCCUCAUUGGUAACAAGUCGGACCUCCACGCUCAGAGGCAGGUGUUGUUCGAGGACGCGUGCACUCUGGCAGAAAACAAUGGUGUGCUGGCUGCUCUGGAAACAUCAGCCAAGGAGGCCCAGAACGUGGACGCCGCCUUCAGCCUCAUGGCCCGAGAGCUGCUGGCACGCAACGGCAUGACCAUCACAGACGAGGCCUCUCAUGACUCGCCUCAGUUCAUGCUGAAUAACAACUCUCAUCCGGUCCUCGGAAAUACGUCCUCAGACAAGAAGUGCGCGUGCUGAGCAGACGGAAGCACGGAUAUGUUGGUAAAGUUUGGAAAAUUGUGGUGGCAGCCUCAAGUGAGUGGGGGAGGGGGGUUACAAGAGUUUGUUUUAGGGGAAACUAAACAUGUUGCAUUGUGUGUGUGUGUGGAUGUAAAUUUUGUAUAUGUUCUGACUUUUAUUUAUACAACUAAUAUAGUAUCAGUCACACAGGUUUUCAAUGGCGGCUGCUUAUCAAAUGUAUUUUGUAAUAUUCUUCUGAGGAUAACUGCUGCUGGAUGUGAUAAUGACUCCACCACUACAGACCACACCUCUGCUGGAGGACUUUGUACUAAGACUGUAGGACAAUACACAGAGUGUUUUCAUUUGACAAACA